GGCAUGUUGGUGUCUCGUUCUUCCUUUGGCUGUAAGAGCAGAAGCCACCACCUUCUGCUGGCUUAUGACCCUUUAGGUUCUUGUCUCUUUGUUACCUGAAUCCAGACGUCUGUAGGGUUACCUGGCCUGUUUGGAGGCAUGGCCUCAAUUUAAGGUAGGAGUCUCCUUAGUUGUUUCUCAUUCAUUCGUUCAGCAAGUAUUACAGUGCCAGACACUGUUAUAGGCUGAUAAUAGCAGUCAAAAGACGGGCAAGGUGCUUGCUCUCCUGGAAUACACAUAUUAGUCAGGGAGACUGACAGUAAUCAAACACAUCCAUAAGUAAGAAAAAUAACAGUAAUAAUUAAAAUAGGGUGACAAGAUAUGAAGUGACUGGGAGCCUACUUCAGUGGGUGGCUGGGAAGGACUCUGAGAAGGUGAUAAUUCUGCUGUGGUCUUAAUGAUGGAGAACCAGUUAUGAGAGGAUCGGGGAAAGAGCUAGUACAAGGGUUGUUAAGUAGGAAAGAGCUCAGUGACCAAGCAGCAGAAAGGAGGCCCGUGUAGCUGGGACAGGAUGGGGAAGCAGGAGAGUGGUACAGGAAGAGGAUGGAGCUGAGCAGGGCCAGAUCAUCUAGGAUCUCGUACGCCAAGCCAUAACCAGCAGACCACAGCAUUCAGGCAUCCUGUGAGUGGGCAGUUUUCUCCAGAAAAUAGCGAAUUUAUUCUUCAAGAAGAGCCAAAUCCACAUAUGUCGAAGCAAGAGAGAAACCAAAGACCGUCCAGCAUGGUCAGUGAGACAUCCACUGCUGGGACCACUUCCACCGUGGAGGCCAAGCCUGGCCCCAAGAUCAUAAAGUCCAGCAAUAAAGUCCACAGCUUUGGGAAGAGGGACCAGUCCAUUCGGAGGAACCCAAAUGUGCCGGUGGUGGUAAGGGGCUGGCUGCACAAGCAGGACAGUUCUGGGAUGAGGCUGUGGAAGAGGAGGUGGUUUGUGCUUGCUGAUUAUUGCUUGUUUUACUACAAAGACAGCCGAGAAGAAGUGGUCCUUGGGAGCAUCCCUCUGCCCAGCUACGUGAUCUCGCCCGUGGCCCCUGAGGAUCGCAUAAGUCGCAAGUAUUCCUUUAAGGCCGUGCACACGGGGAUGCGAGCGCUCAUCUACAAUAGCUCCACGGGGGGCUCUCCAGCCGAGCAGUCGGGCAUGAGGACCUACUACUUCAGUGCCGACACCCAAGAGGACAUGAAUGCGUGGGUCAGGGCCAUGAACCAGGCUGCACAGGUGCUGUCUCGAUCGUCACUGAAGAGGGAUGUGGAGAAGGUGGAGCGGCAGGCAGUGCCCCAGGCCAAUCAUGCAGAGUCUUGUCGUGAAUGUGGCCGCGUGGGACCCGGACAUGCGAGGGAUUGUCCUCAUCGUGGCCACGAGGACUCCUUUGGCUUCGAGAGGCGGGAGCAAGAGGAAGAACGGUACCAUUCCCAGAGGGACCCACUGGAGGGCAAGCGGGACAGGAGCAAGGCCAGGUCCCCGUACUCGCCAGCCGAGGAGGAUGCCAUCUUCACGGAUUUAUCCGGAGGCCUGAGAGGCCAGCAGGCACAGCCCCAGCGGGCAGAGAAGAACAGCGUGCUGCCUGCCGCAUAUGGCCCAGGAGAGCAGAACGGGACUGGCGGGUACCAGCGGGCCUUUCCUCCCAGGACCCACCCUGAAAAGCACAGCCAGAGGAAGAGCAGCCUGGCCCAAGUGGAGCAGUGGGCAAAGGCCCAGAAGGGGGAUGGCAGGAGCCUGCCUCCGGACCAGACCCUUCCUCGCCAGGGUCCUGGCCAGUCCCUGGCCUUCCCAGAAAACUACCAGACUCUUCCCAAGAGCACCCGACACCCCUCGGGGGGCUCCUCGCCCCCUCCCCGCAACCUGCCCAGUGACUACAAGUACGCGCAGGACCGAGCCAGCCACCUGAAGAUGUCGAGCGAGGAGCGCCGGGCCCACCGGGAUGGCACGGUGUGGCAGCUCUACGAGUGGCAGCAGCGCCAGCAGUUCCGGCACGGCAGCCCCACGGCGCCCAUCUGUGCCGGCUCGCCAGAGUUCACCGACCAGGGCCGGAGCAGGAGCAUGCUGGAGGUGCCCCGCUCCAUCUCUGUGCCUCCAUCUCCCUCGGACAUCCCUCCUCCAGGACCCCCAAGGGUAUUCCCACCCCGGCGGCCACACACACCAGCAGAGAGGGUCACUGUGAAGCCACCGGACCAGAGGAGGAGCGUGGACAUCUCACUAGGGGGUUCUCCCAGGAAGGCAUGGGGUCACGCCACCAAGAACUCCUCUCACGUGGACCGGCGCUCCAUGCCCUCCAUGGGUUACAUGACCCACACUGUCAGCGCUCCCAGUUUACACGGAAAAUCGGCUGACGAUACCUACCUCCAGCUUAAGAAAGACCUGGAGUACCUGGACCUAAAGAUAAAAAAUAAUGAACCUUUGAUCAACGUGCUUUACAAAGUGCUGAAGAAGUCAGCACGGGGCUGUCGGCCCGGGAGAAGCAUGACAGGCCGGGACCUUCUCAAAGAUCGAAGCCUGAAGCCGGUGAAGAUCGCUGAGAGUGACAUUGACGUCAAACUGAGCGUCUUCUGUGAACAAGACAGGAUCCUCCAGGACUUGGAAGACAAAAUUCGAGCCCUCAAGGAGAACAAAGACCAGCUAGAGUCCGUGCUGGAGGUGCUGCACAGACAGAUGGAGCAGUACCGAGAGCAGCCCCAGCACCUGGAGAAGAUCGCCUACCAGCAGAGGUUGCUGCAGGAGGACCUCGUCCACAUCCGGGCGGAGCUCUGCAGAGAGUCCACUGAGAUGGAAAAUGCCUGGAACGAAUACCUGAAGUUGGAGAGAGAUGUGGAGCAGCUGAAGCAGACCCUGCAGGAGCAACACAGAAGAGCGUUUUUUUUCCAGGAGAAAUCGCAGAUACAGAAGGAUCUCUGGAGGAUUGAAGACGUCAUCGCAGGCCUGAGUGCAAAUAAAGAGAACUUCAGAAUCUUGGUGGAAUCAGUCAAAAAUCCUGAGAGGAAGACGGUGCCUUUGUUAACUCACCCGCCUGUGCCUUCACUCUCAACCUCGACCACAGAGACCAAGCCACCCCCGCAGCCCAGCCCUCCCACCAGCCCUGUGCGGACCCCUCUGGAGGUCCGACUCUUCCCCCAACUGCAGACCUACAUGCCCUACCGACCUCAUCCGCCCCAGCUGAGGAAAGUGACGUCCCCCCUCCAGUCACCCACCAAGACAAAGCCCAAAGUACAGGAAGAUGAGGCACCACCCAGGCCCCCACUCCCUGAGCUCUACAGCCCAGAGGACCAGCCCCCGGCCGUGCCACCUCUGCCCAGGGAGGCCACCAUCAUCCGGCACACUUCAGUGAGGGGCCUCAAGCGGCAGUCGGACGAGAGGAAGCGGGACCGGGAGCAAGGGCAGUGUGUGAACGGGGACUCGAGGGUGGAGCUCCGGUCAUAUGUGAGUGAGCCUGAGCUGGCGACCUUCAGUGGAGACUUGGCCCCGCCCUCCCUGGGACUCGUGGGAUCUGAGAGCAGGUACCAGACGCUGCCAGGCAGAGGGCUUUCGGGGUCCACGUCAAGGCUCCAGCAGUCAUCCACCAUUGCUCCCUACGUCACCCUCCGGCGGGGUCUCGAUGCAGAAAGCGGCAAGGUGACCUUCCCUAGACCCAAGAGUGCCUUGGAGCGCCUGUACUCAGGGGACCACCAGCGGGGCAAGAUGAGUGCGGAGGAGCAGCUCGAGCGCAUGAAGCGGCACCAGAAGGCCCUGGUUCGGGAGCGGAAGAGGACGCUGAGCCAAGGAGAGAGGACGGGUCUACCCUCGUCCCGCUACCUCAGCCAACCGCUCCCUGGAGAUCUCGGCUCAUGGAAGCGUGAGCAGGACUUUGACCUGCAGCUGCUGGAGCGGGCUGUGCAAGGGGAAAGGAAGGACAAGGAGGAGAAUGGCUGGUUGAAAGUACAGGCCGUGCCUGUCACUGAGUUGGACCUGGAACCACAGGACUAUGACUUGGACAUCAGCAGAGAGCUGUCUAAACCAGAGAAGGUCUCCAUCCCCGAGCGUUACGUGGAGCUGGAUCCUGAAGAGCCACCCAGCCUUGAGGAGCUGCAGGCGCGGUAUCGCAAAGCUGAGAAGAUCCGCAACAUCCUCGCCCGCUCCAGCAUGUGCAACCUGCAGCCGACAUCAGGCCAGGACAGGAACAGCAUGGCCGACCUGGACUCGCAGCUGCAGGAGCAGGAGCGCAUCAUCAACAUCUCCUACGCCUUGGCCUCCGAGGCAUCCCAGCGCAGCAAGCAGGUGGCAGCGCAGCAGCUGGCCCUCCUCCCGCCUAAAGCCCCCCUGUCCUCCAGGACGGUGCCACCUUACCCCCCCUUAAGCAACGGACUCCACUACACCUUUGUCUAACACCUUCCAACCCAGGCAGUGACUGACCCGUGACCCAGCCUGCAGAGAAGUCUGGAGCCAGGGGCCAAGUGGAACCAGCUUCCUCCGAGAAGAUGGACUUUUCUUCCCCCAAGGAAACCCCUUCCAGCUAAGCAGGGGUUCUGGCUGGAGAAAGGAACAGCCCACAGCUGUGAGGCAUUCACCAUAGGGCUAGGUCCUAACACCCGCAAACUUGUUUUAGUUCAAAAUCCUUUUUACAUAUGACAGAGGCACUUUUGAUAACACACUGUAAAAUACUGAUACUGUAUUUUGGAAUCAGAAUGUAUUUUAUAAUGUUCACCUCAAGGGCUGAGUGGCUGGAAAGGUGAGGAUGCAGGAUUUUGGAGCUGCACAUACAGAUCCAGGUACCAUUUGGGUGGUAGGUGUGGGUGGGGGGAGGGGCAGGCCAAGCAGAGACCAGUCAGCAUCCGCUGAACUCAGGUGAAGGUUGGAUUUGAGAAUGUGCUUCCAGUGGAUUCCAGCGUUAGGCUCUUUGGUGUGCUGUAGGGGCAAGAGGGGCCCUGGGCUGCAGAGAUCAGCCGUCCCUGACCUGGCCUGAUGACCAGUUCUGGAGAGUGAAACUCCCCCAGGCUAGCAUGCAGAGCCCCACUCUGUGCCUUGACCCCUGGGCUUGGUUCAGGGGCAACAGUGUGUUCAAGAGCUUUGGCUCCCGACUCACCCAUGAGGUUCUCUCAGCAAAGGGCUCUUCUCAGAAGGAAAACACUUGGCUUAAACUUUUAAAAAUACGCUUUAAAUGCAGAAAAGGUGAGAGGAAGCACCUUUUGUUGUAUCGUAAGCAAUAAGCUCCACACUGGCUGGCAUCUGCCCACAGCUCCCUGACUCCAUACUAGGCUGUGAUAGCAAUCCUGGGAUCUGUGCUGCCUGCCCUGGAGAACCGAGGUCCGCUUCCUAGGACUUGGUCUGGCGGCAGGAGGGCAGGCAGGUGCCCCCACCAUUCCUGGUGGCUGGCAGCCAGCAGGACCACGAUGACAGGACUGUGACUUGACUUCCAGCCCAAAAUGAGGAGGUGGCUGCCACCCCAGGCCCAGUGUUUGUGGCCCUUUAUUUAAGUCAUGCGAUCAUGAUAGUCUGCAUAUAGAAAAUGAGGUUUAAAAGGAAAAAAAACUCCAUUGGGUGGAGCCACACUUUAAAUGAAAAUUUGUCUUUGACUCUGGUCAGAAAAAAUAUCUUGAAUAUAUUUAGAAGUUGCCGUCUAUUUUUAACUAACUCCAUAUGCUGCCAGUAUCGACUUCAUGACAUUUGCCAAAAUAAGAUUUUAUUUUUGCCUUUAUAAGAUUUUGUUGGAAAAAAUGAAAUGAAUAUUUUGCAAGAAAAAGUUAAUUUAAAUAAAAGUGUAAUGGUUUGCAAAAAAAUGUGAUGUACAGAUUAAAAUAUUA